AUGGUAAUUAAUAUGAUGAAAUUGAUUUCUAUUACUACAGCUUGUUUAUUAGCUUUAGCAAGUGUGAAUGCCACUGGAUCUAAUGAUACCAGUAGAUCUCAACUACCAGGACUUGAAAAGAUCAAACAUGUGGUAUAUUUUAUGCAAGAAAAUCGAAGUUUUGAUACUUAUUUUGGCACCAUGAGCGGUGUUCGAGGAUUUGCUGAUCCUCAUGUUGGCAUUCAAAAAAAUGGUCUAAACUUAUUUUAUCAACCUGAUUCUCAUUCUACGGAUGUCAAGAAUGGUACCAAAUACUUACUUCCUUACAACUUGAAAGGAAAUAGAGCUGGUUGUACUGUAGGUGGUUCUAAUGGCUGGACUGCUAACCACAAUGCUAUCAACGGAGGUACAAAUGACAAUUGGCCCGAUGGCAAUGCUCCUGAAUCUAUGGGAUAUUUACAAAGAAGUCAGAUUCCUUAUCAGUUUGCUCUUGCUGAAGCAUUUACUAUUUGUGAUAACUAUCAUCAAAGUGUUAUUGCUAGUACCAAUCCCAAUCGUGUACACUGGAUGUCUGGUACAGUUAAAGGUCCUCCCUUGAACUACGUUCUUGAAGGCAAUGUUGAAAUUAUUCCACUUGGAUGGGAAACUUAUCCUGAAGCUUUGACCAAGGCUGGUGUCGAAUGGCAAGUGUAUCAGGAUCAAGAUAAUUUUGAUGAUAAUCCAUUGGCAUGGUUCGGUUAUUGGCGAAAUCUCAAGGAUGGACCUGAAAAACAAAAAGGACUUGGUUUUCUUGGUCUCCAGACAUUUUAUGAUCAAGCCAAAAACGGUACUCUUCCUCCUUUCUCAAUUAUUGUUGGACCUACUGAACUCUCGGAACACCCAAAUAACACUCCUGCCGCUGGUGCCUGGCUUCAAGAACAAGUUGUGAAUGCUGUGAUGCAUGGAAAGAAUUGGGCCAAUACUGCUCUCUUUAUCAAUUAUGACGAAAGUGGAGGUUUCUUCGAUCAUGUUCAACCAGAAUUGGCUCCCAAAGAUAAGUAUGUUUGGGACUAUCUCAACUUUAAGAUGUCUCCCCUUGGUUUAGGUCCUCGUGUACCAAUGGUGAUUGUAUCUCCCUACACUAGAGGUGGUCAUGUCUUCUCUGAUGUAUCUGAUCACUCUUCUACAUUGAUGUUUAUGGAAGAAUGGGUUGGCAAAUUCAACAAUGGUUCUUAUGCUGCUCCUGCUGUGAAUAUUGAUAGCUGGUACCGAAAUGUAACUUCCAAUCUCGUGGGUGCUUUUGAUUUUGCUAAACCUGAUUUCUCCAUUCCUACUCUUCCUACCAAUCCCAAACCUGCUGUGGACUCCAAUGGUAAAUGGGAUCCUACUGAAAUGUGUGAAAAACUAUCUGAUCCCAAGACAACUCCUCCUUAUGGCAAUCAAGUUUAUCCUACCGUGGAAGCUGGGUCCAAGAAACUUCGUGGUGCUAAUCCUAUUGGUCGUAAAUUGGCAUUUGUACAAACGAACGGCAAAGCUCUCCAAGUAGCUGGAUCGGGUCAAAAAUUGGUGCCUCGUCGUCUGCAAAAGAGGGAUGUGAAGAAAGGUGCGAUAGUGGUCGAUCCAAGUGGACAUUUCAAGGCAGUGCCUGGUGGCAAUGGGCAACAAUACAAACUUCAAUCCAUCCAACAUCCAAAUCAAUGUGUCAAUGUAGUAGGAACCGAAGUCCAAUUGAAUGAAUGCAAGGAAACGUUAUGGGAACUGGAUUAUCAUAAUGUCGAUGCUCAUCAUCACCUCAAACAUGUGGAUUCUGGGCAUUAUCUUAGUCUUGGACAAGGAAAGAUCAAUUUAGUCCAAAAUCAUCAUGAUGCUCAUUUUGAUGUGUAUUCCAUCACUACUUAG